AGGGGACUCUCUCUGACCUGUGUGUUGACGCCCUGCCGUGUCGUUGGGGCGUGUAUGACCCUGAUGACCUUGGGAGCCGUCGGAGCUGCCGUCUGGGCCGUAGUUUCAUAUUGUACAAUGGAGGAAGACUCUGGGCUGUAUGAUGUCCAGGUGACUUCUCUUGACCAACAUCUCAGAGUCUUUGACCCCGCCCACAAGAGGUGGCGACAGGUGUGUUCCUCCUCAGCCAAUGAGCUGCUAGCUAGCAUCAGCUGUGAAGAAGUGGGCUUUGUCAGUAUGGUGAAUUACUCGGUCACAUCGGUGCCGGAGGCCAGCGGAGACGGCGGGGAGUUCUUCUGUGUCCGAGAGCAAGAGCUCAGCUACGGCAAGAAAAUCGAAGACUCAUUGUUCCCAUGUGACUGUGAGAGCAGGGAGGUUCUCACACUUCUGUGUCAAGACUGUGGCAGGCGUAGUUUCGCAGCGGACCGUAUAGUUGGAGGUGUGGAUGCCAGGCAGGGUGGCUGGCCUUGGCAGGUCAGACUGGAGUACGAUGGAGUCCAUCAGUGUGGAGGCGCCAUCAUCUCCAACCGCUGGAUCGUCUCUGCAGCUCACUGCUUCAGAGAGCGAUAUCGCACCGUUAAUCGCUGGCGUGUGCUGCUGGGCUCGAUCUACAGCAAACCAGUUAACGCUAACGUGGCGGAGGUGAACACCAUCGUUUACCACAGCAGCUACCUGCCCUUUGUGGAUGCUAGCAUCGACGACAACAGCAGGGACAUCGCUGUUCUUGCCCUCACACAGCCCCUCACUUUCAACGAAUAUGUGCAGCCUAUUUGCCUGCCAGCCUAUGGUCAAAGACUGGUAGACGGACAGAUGGGGACAGUAACAGGCUGGGGAAAUAUAGAUUACUAUGGUAUUCAAGCAGAUAUUCUGCAGGAAGCGAACGUCCCCAUCAUCAGUGACGCUGUGUGUAACGGUCCUGAUUACUAUGACAACCAGAUCACCACCAGUAUGUUCUGUGCUGGUUAUGAGAAAGGAGGCACUGAUGCCUGCCAGGUCAGAGGAGACAGCGGUGGCCCUCUUGUUGCAGAAGACUGCUUCUCUAAGAGCAGGAGGUAUCGUCUGAUGGGUGUGGUGAGCUGGGGGAUCGGUUGCGCCUUGGCCAAGAAACCGGGCGUCUACACCCGAGUGUCCAGAUUUCUGCCCUGGAUGUCCACGGCCAUGAGGAACUAUAACAACACGCCGGGGCUUCACAAAAUGGCCCGAACUUGAGACUCUUGCUCUUAUGUUUCCACCUUUUUCUGCUCUUGAAUG